AUGGCUGGCCCUCCUAAUCCCUUCGCCGCGCUCGACGCCUCGCGCAAUGCUGCCGGGCCCUCGAGCUCUUCUGCACCAAAGAAGAAGCAUCGCGCCGGCCGCAAGCACAAGCGCUCGCGACGCAAGUCCUUCGCUGCCCCGUCCGAGAGCGUCGCUGGCGAAGAAGACCAAGACCAAGCUCCGUCAAACCGCCCAACACUCCCCGACACCUUGUACACGCAUGGGAGGAAUCUGAGCAAUACCAGCAUCGACAGCGAAGUACUUCUAGACCACAGAGAUCACCACUACCCACGCCCUCGGCGACCCUCGACGCACGCUACCUCCUUUCAGCUGUCACAAUCCGCCACGGCUCGCUUACGGACGAUGAACUCGAGCCACGGCGGUCAAGACGGCACCGAGGAUGACAAUGAGAACGCGCCCCUGUUGUCGAGCUCAGGUAGGUUGGACGCCGAGAACUAUGGUUCGAAUGACGGCCGAUCGCGACCUGGAUAUGGCCGAAAUCGAAGUCGUCGAUCCAGCAAAUCGAGCCAUAAACUACGAGUAGGCCCUAUGACGCCAUCUGAGAGAUACAACAUCAACUACCCACCGUCAAUGCCUGGGUCGCCUACCCUGGGUCCCUCAGAUCGAAUGGAUAUGAGUUUCGGAGACGUCAUGAUGAGGGAUGAGCUGGCACAUAGCAACUCUCGUGCCAACAGCAUGGCAGAGGCCGACACAGAUCCAUUGCUUCAAUCUUCCCCUUACGAGCGACGGCACACCAUCGCAUUGCAAGCAGAGGAGGAUGUAUGUUUCCCUCAGGAGGGCAUGUCGGAAAUCGCAGAGGAAGACCAGCACCAAACCCGGGACAAUCGCAGUAUGCGCUCGUCGCGACGGCGGCGGCGGAAUAAGUGGCCGGACCUGGCCAUUCUUGAAGAGUGGUCUCGCUUCGAAACGGAGGACCGAAACGAGGAGAGGCGGAUGAAACGGAUCACAGAACCACAGCUUAUCAACGGCCGACUGCGCCCUUCCCACAAGGGAUGGUAUCGAACCGAGGAAGACGCUCCUUACCGGUUCACGUAUUUCAACGAGGAAUUCCCGAGCACCAUCCACAGUCAGACCAUCUCAGAGCUGGUUCAGACGGACGCAAGCUUCAGAGAACUCUUCAUUCCUGAUCCGCCAGUCCUGUCUGACUCGUCUGAUGAAAGCGAAGAAGACGAACCGCUGGUGCAAUUUUCAGGCUCAGUGAAGAACGGCGAAAGCGAUUCCAAGCGCCCAACCCGACAACCGUCAUUGGCGACGACUAUUAACGCAACUACAGAGCAUCAACCAGAUCUAACUCUUUCGCCCAAGCAGUUGUCCACCCAGUCAGCUGCGCCCUCGAGAGACCAGUCGGGCGAUGUGACGCCCAUGCGCUCGAAAUCACCGUUUCCUGGUAUGAAACCACCCCCUAUCGCGGGUGAGAAGAAGCCUCGUUAUGGCGAGCGUCCCGUAUGGUGGCUUGAUGUACUCAGUCCUACAGAGGCGGAGAUGAAGGUUCUCUCCAAAGCCUUCGGUAUCCAUCCUCUCACGGCCGAAGACAUCAUGCUUCAAGAGCAGCGCGAGAAGGUUGAGCUCUUCCGUCAUUACUACUUUGUCAACUAUCGGUCCUUCGACCAAGACUCCGAUUCGGAGAACCACCUUGAGCCGGUCAACAUGUAUGUCGUGGUGUUCCGCGAAGGUGUCAUCUCUUUCCACUUCAGCCAGACCCCCCACCCGGCCAACGUGCGCCGCAGGAUACGUCAACUAAAAGACUACAUGAUGCUCAGCUCGGAUUGGAUCAGCUAUGCAAUCAUUGACGACAUCACGGAUGUCUACCAGCCACUCAUCCAGACUAUCGAGGAUGAUGUCGAUGACAUUGAUGAUAAGAUCCUACAGCUACAUUCUUCUUCCGAUCCAGAUUCAUCGAGCUCUGACAACCGGAGCGAGAAUGAGAAGAACGACACUGCGGAAAACAAUACGUCGUCCGAUGGCGACAUGCUGCGUCGCGUAGGUGACUGCAGAAAGAAGGUUAUGAGUCUUUAUCGAUUGUUGGGAAAUAAGGCCGAUGUCAUCAAGGGAUUCGCGAAGCGAUGCAACGAACACUGGGAAGUCGCACCACGUUCCGAGAUCGGGUUGUAUCUUGGCGAUAUCCAGGAUCACAUCGUCACAAUGACCGCAAACUUGAGUCACUACGAAGUGAUUCUUGCGCGAUGCCACGCUAACUACAUCGCCCAAAUCAACAUUCGCAUGAACGAGCGGCAAGAGCAGACUGCCGAUGUGUUGGGCAAGCUGACUGUUCUUGGCACCAUUGUCCUGCCCAUGAACAUCAUCACCGGCCUGUGGGGCAUGAACGUCUGGGUUCCUGGACAAGAAUAUGAAGGCGACCUGAAGUGGUUCUUUGCCAUCACAGGUGGCUUGCUCGUCUUUGGUCUAGCCUGCUUCUGGAUCGCAAAGAGGGUGUAUAACAUUGUCUAG